GAACCGUCAAGAACAUGUCAAGAAAUAAAAACGCAUGGGCAUGGGUGGCUGAUGCAAUAAGGUGGAAGACCUUUUAAACGUUUAUAAUUGUGUAUUUACAUGUAAUUAUAGCUAUCUGAACGUUAAUUUAUUGGAUUUAAAGAGAAUUAAAUAAAGAGAGCACUUAAGAAUGGCGGAAGAUGAAGCCAUUUUUGAUCCUACCCUUAAGAAGAAAAAGAAAAAGAAGAAGACAGCAUUUGAUAUUGAUUCAGUCUUGGCAGAAAGCACUGGAGAAAAUGAUAAUUCUAACCAAGGCAUUAAUACAGAAGUUGAAAAUAAAGACGAUGACCAAGAUGAUGCCAAUAUAGAAAUAGAUUUAGAUUUUAGUAAGAAGAAAAAGAAAAAGAAGAAGCCUUUUAAUUUAGAAGAACUGGAUGGUGCAUUACCAGAUGUUAAGGAAGAUACAACAAAUGAAACCAAUCAAAACCAAGAUGACACUGUCCUGGAUGAUAAUUUAGAUAUUGAAUUGGACUUUAGCAAAACUAAAAAGAAAAAGAAGAAGAAGAAAGAUCUUGAUGAAUUAAUUGGGGAAGCAGAGGAAAAACAGGAGGAUAAGGAAAAUGUUGAAGAUAAUUCAGUCACAUGGCAGGGUUCAGACAGAGAUUACACAUAUGAUGAAUUAUUAACGCGUGUUUUUGAAAUUAUGAGGGACAAAAAUCCGGACAUGGUGGCCGGUAAGAAACAGAAAUUUGUUAUGAGACCUCCCCAAGUGGUGCGAAUUGGAACCAAGAAAACAUCGUUUGCUAACUUUACGGAAAUUUGUAAAAUGCUUCAUCGACAACCAAAACAUUUAUUGGACUUUUUACUUGCUGAACUAGGUACUAGUGGCUCUGUAGAUGGUAAUAGUCAGUUAAUUAUUAAAGGUAGAUUCCAGCAGAAGCAAAUAGAAAAUGUUUUAAGGAGAUAUAUUAAAGAAUAUGUAACAUGUCACACUUGUCGUUCACCAGAUACAAUAUUACAGAAAGAUACAAGGUUGUUCUUUUUACAAUGUGAAACGUGUGGUUCAAGGUGUUCUGUCGCUAGUAUAAAAUCUGGGUUUCAGGCCGUUACAUCAAAACGUGCUGCAAUUCGUGCGAAAACUGCUUAGUUUGUUUUCACUUUUAAAGUAUUGUACUUGUGGGUGAAUAUUAAUCUGCAGUCUUUCAACUCGCCACGAAGAAGCAAUUUUUUUUAUCUUACGUUAUUUUUUAAAUACGCGUAACAUAAAAUAAAUUUUUAUGUGUAAAGAA